AUGCAUACAUUGAAACUAGAAAUUGAAAACAAAAGCAAAAAAAAGAGAGAUAAACGCGAAGCCUCACCAGUGACUAGAGAGAAAAUGGAUGACCUGAGAGUUUUCAAAUCGAUUUGCGGAGCUGCAUCUGCGUUACCGACUUACCGUGCCGUGCUGGUAACACUUUUUUUAAAAAUGUUCCAAAAAAUGUUAAAUAGUAACGCUUUUUUUCUCUGUUACUUGUCUAUGUUCAUAUAUGCAGUAGUACACAAUGCAAGUCUGCCACAGUUGAAGAAAAAAUUGGAAUGCAAUUGCAUCAUCAUGAGACAAAUUGGUGAAGCUUCCUAUUCGUUACACAAGUUUCCAUUAAUUUCCAAAAGUGGACACAUAAGGAAGCUCAUUUCAGAAUCUAGUAAUGCUGUUGCUGAUGUUCCAUUAAUUGAACUCAUUGACGUCUCUGGUGGAUCAGAAACAUUUGAACUAGCAGCAAAGUUCUGUUACUGGAUAAACUUUGAAAUAAGCGUUGAAAGCAUCACUAUGCUUCGAUGUGUGGCCAAAUAUCUUGAAAUGACAGAAGAUUAUUCGGACAGAAAUAUGGUAGGAAGAACCGAUUCUUACUUGAAUGAAGUUGCACUCAAGAGCAUGUCAGGGGCAAUAUCCAUCUUACAUACAUCAGAAACUCUUCUUCCAAUUGCAAAGAAAGCAAAAUUAGUUAGCAGAUGCAUAAAUGCAAUAGCCUGCCUACAUAGCUUUCCAAGGAGAGUCACUUUGGUUCAUCUGGUAGAAGUGAUGGUAGUAGCAAUGAAAGAGAGAUGA